AUGGAUGAUAAUAAUUACUCAACUACGUAUGAGUCCUCAUUAGCUGUAGUUGCAACAGCGAUGAAAAAGGCAAGAUUAAGUUUAGAUGUUUUAUUACUAAAUUCAAUACUUGGAGGAAUGGUUUUCUCAACUGGUGGGAUGUUACAUUUAGUUGUCGGAGCUUCAAUAUCACCAGAAUUACUAGAAAAAUAUCCUGCAAUUUUACAAAUUUUGAGUGGGAUAUGUUAUCCUAUUGGAUUAUUUUACGUUGUUAUACUAGGUCUUGAUUUAUUUAAUUCAAAUAUUUUAUUUUUCAGUUGUGCAAUUAUGAGAAAUGCAGUUUCAAUAUUUGACUUGGUGAUUAGUUGGCUAGUUAGUUAUUGUUGUAAUUUAGUUGGGAAUAUUUUUGUAUGUUAUAUCAUAAGUCAUUAUUCUGGUGUGACUGAUCUGGAAAAUUUUUAUAUUGCUGCUCAAAAUAUAGUUGAACUAAAAGCAUCUUAUUCAUUUGUACAAAACUUACUCAAGGGAAUUGUUGGAAAUUUUUAUGUUUGUUUAGCAAUCUAUCUUCAAAUAAUGGUUAAGCCAAUGCACGUCAAAUAUAUAAUGAUGGUAUUACCAGUUUUCACAUUUGUUGCCCUUGGUUUCACACAUACUGUUGCAGAUAUGUAUAUGUUGAUAAUUGGAAAAAUCAACCAUUCACCAAUACCUUUAAGUUUAAUAUGUUGGAAAAUAUUCGUACCUGAAACUUUAGGAAAUAUUAUUGGUGGAUCAUUUUUUGGAAUAGUUUUAUGUUGGUACUUGCAUAUAUAUGUUGUUGAAAGAGAUCAAAAAUUAUUGCAUUUACCACAAUAUGAAUUAAGAGAUGAACAACCUGAUUUAAAUCAAGAUUCAAGAGUUGUUAGACAAAAGAAACCACAGUUCCAAGAAGAUGAAAUUGACGAAAGUUCUGAGGAACUGGAUGAAUCAGUACUAGAAGAACUUCACAAGGUUAAAACAAAGGAGAAAGAUCCACUUUCUAGAAUCAAUAGUGAAAUUAGCGAUGAAAGUUUUAUGACCACACCUUCAAACGAACUCCAGCCACUCCCAUUUAAUAGAGUUACAUCAAACAUAAGUAAUAAUGCAUCCUUCGUGAGAAGGAGAAGUACAACUAAUAGUAUAUCUAGAUUCAAAUCACCAAAAAAUGUAUUCCCAGUAUAUGGAAUGGGACCACCAUCAGCAAGAGAAAGAAAAAUAGCAGAAGGUAAUGAUAAUACCAAAUUUACAUUUUCAGCUAAUGACAUAAACAAGAACAGUGCCGAAUAUAUAGGCUCACAAUUGAAAAGAAUGGUAACAAAUAAAUCAAGAGUAUCAAAACGAGAUAAUGAUUUAGAAUCAGCAGGAAUGAGUAGAAUGAGAACCAAUUCAAGAGUAGGCAGAAGGAUGUCAUCACUAACACCAGCUUACACGUAUCCAGCAGUUUCUGCUAUUGAUAUAUCUCAAAUAACACCAACUUAUACAAAUAACAAUAGACUGGGUUUAGUUGAUACACCGGAGCCUAACCAAGCUACUGAAGUCGAGCAGGAUUUGACAGAAGUAUCACCAAAACAAGUAACUUGUAAAAAUUUAUAG